AUGCCGACUGGCAGUGAAAGGCUCAUGUGGGGCCAAGGUCAACCUUCAUCAUUAAGAGCGGUUACAACCACGAUCAGAGGUGUGAAACUUACGCUUGCGGCUGCGAUAUGCUGGGAAAACUACAUGCCUUUAUUACGUCAAUCCCUUUAUAGCCAAAACGUCAAUUUAUAUUUAGCCCCCACAGCAGAUGCAAAGGAUACCUGGCUACCAUUGAUGCGGACAAUUGCAUGCGAGGGUAGAUGCGUGGUAUUAAGUGCGAAUCAAUUUAUGAAGAGAUCGAAUCUUCCAAGCUGGAUUGCUGGAAACAAUAAAGAUGACGGCGCUAUUGACGAUGCUCAUGCGGAUGGUUAUAGGCAUGCUCAAUCUAAAUCAAGGAGAAAACCCAUUCUAACGGAUGAUGGUUGUGAGAUUGAGCUUCCAUAG